UCUCUCUGUUUAUUUUCAGUUUGCGACUGCAACAGAAAUAGCGAUGAUAUCAGAAGACAGGAGGUGGUGGAAGGCGGCAGCUUCACGCUGACGUGUUAUGCACAAUCAUCAAAGUUGAAGGCGUAUCGGUGGGUGUAUAUUCGAGCUGGAACACAGCGUCCGCAGGUACUCAGCUCAGGACGUCGAUUAGUCGUUGGGGAACCAAGAAUAUCAUUGGAAUCCAAGCCGGAGGGUGACACUGUGGCCCUGGAACUCACGUUUUCGGACGUCCGCCCUUAUGAAUCCGGUCUUUUCAUGUGCUGGAGGCAAGGGCAGAAGCCAGACCCUCAGGUCUUGAUCACGGUCUUAGAACCAGGAACGGCGCCCGAGAAGCAGGUCAUCAGGUAUUCAGAAGGACCGUCUGAGGUGAAGUUUGGCAACUCUGCCACUUUCUUCUGCAUCAUUACUCCUCCUUGGCCUGUCAAGGUAACGUGGUACAAGAACGGCGAGGAGAUUGACACAUCAGAUCGGUUCUACACGCAGAAUGUCGAGAAGGACCUCGGAUGCUGUCGGGGACAGACAAAUCCAGGAGGAGAAGCUCGUCGCUACUCUGACAGUGACUUCUAUCAGGAGAGACUCCGUCUUCUCCUGUCGAAUUGACAGUGAACCUCCUGACCAGAAGGACAUGCCCGUGAA